UCUGUUUCAGGGACCACUCAGACCCAGCGCUGAUGUUUGCUGCUGUUGUGUAACGCUGAGAGCGGAGCUUGUGGCGUGGGCGGUGAGAAAAACCUGAUUGGAGCUCCGCUGGCCUUUAAAACAUCUGGAGCAGCGGACCACCUGAGAGACAAGGCGUCUACACUGCAGCGUCUCUGAAGCCAUGGCCUCCAACCUGUCGCUCCUCCUGCUGCUCCUCUGCGGUCUCACCGCCACUCACGCCCAGCUCAAGCUGUUCAACCUGCGGGCCAGCGAGCUCCCCUCCAACCUGCUGGGAACCACCGAUGGGUUUGUCAAGGUGUUCUGUGGCUCCGCCUCUCUGGGUAAAACCUCCGUCCGCAACAACGACCAGAACCCGUGGUGGGGGGAGGAGUUCUCCUACUUCAAGGCCAAGGAGAACGAUGUCCUGAAGCUCGAGGUGUUCGACAGCGACAUCCUGUUUGACGACCGGCUGGGCGUCUGCGAGAGAGAGAUCAAGGUAGGCACCCACGAGCACGACUGCUACCUGAAGAAAGGCGGGACCCUCCAUUACUCCUACACCCUCCAGGGGCGGAACUAGGAGACCAAGAGCGAUCACCAGACCAAAGUUUUACUCUAUAAUGCCACCACCACUCAGCACCAAGAGAAACAGAAGUCCAACAUCUCAACACUGGAACAAUUUUAGACUUCAAUUACCCAAAAGCUUGCCAGCUAAACAUCUGCACAUGGUUGAAAUCAUCCAGAUACGCCCAGCAGAGACAUUGGCGGUGUAUUUGUUCAACUCUGACCACAUUAUUACCCAUAAUCCACUUAAAACAAGCUUUGAAUCACAA